GUUGUAGAUUGUACGAAAUAUUGUUAUUCACUUCCAUGUCCGUUGCGAUGUGACACUUCACAUUUCUUGCACGUUUAAAAUUGUUACAUCACAAGCAAAAUUUAUUCUGCACCGUCGUUCUAGUUUGUAGCUUUAGAAUUACGGAUAAUGGGACUGGGAAUUUUACGAUGGAAAAUAUUAUUGAUUAUUGUAUCAGUUUUACUUCUUUGGCAAUCCUCGAAAAUGUGGUUGAGUCUCACUCAAGAGAAAUCUGACACAGAAGCACAGCUUCAGGACAACCAAGUGGUAACAUUAAACCAAAAAGAUGAUGAGACUAAGCAAAAAGUUCACAUAGCAGUGUAUUAUGAAGCACUAUGUCCAGAUUCACGCAGUUUCUUCAUAAAACAGUUAUUGCCAAUGUAUCACAAAAUUCCAGAUAAUGUACAAUUAGAAUUUAUACCAUACGGGAAAGCUACGACUGCGAAAACUGAUAACGGGUAUGAAUUUAUGUGCCAACAUGGACCCGUGGAGUGUGGAGCAAAUAUUAUUCAUGCAUGUUCCAUAGAUAUCCUAAAGAAUACUUCCAUUCAGUUAGAAUAUUUAUCGUGUAUGAUUAAAAACAACAUAGUACCAGUGAACAUUAUGGAAACUUGUGCAAAAAAAAUGAAUGUAGAUUAUAAUCCUAUUUUUAAGUGUUUUAUUGAAGAAAAAGGCAAAGAACUUUUGGCUAAAUAUGGAGAAUUAACAAAUGCUUUAACACCACAAAUUUCUUUCAUACCAACUGUUGUGUUAAAUGGAAGUUCUGAGAAUCAAGCAAGGAUAUUAAAAAAUUUACUACAAGAAGUGUGCCUAAAUUUUAAGAUUAUGCCAGAAGGUUGUACAUUCUAAAGACGUACGAAAUAUUUACAAAACAUACUUCCCUGACAGAUGUGCAUGAAAUAUAGUAUUUUUUACAGAACUUUUUAUGGAUUUAAUGAAUGUUAAGAUUUAAAUAAAAAAAUGUCUUCUAAAGUUUUAUUAAGGAAAAGAAAUUAAAUUAAAAAUAUUAAUUUAAUUAACUAAAUGAAUCGAGGAAGGGCACAUAUUGUACUAAUACGCAAUACUUUGUAGAAUUAUUUAAGAAAUUUUUCAAUUUUAUUUAUUAAGAGAUUGAAAUUUUUUUAUUGUUAUUAUCUAGUAUGACAUAUAAUAGUAAUAUUAUCCAAAAAUUCCAAAAUGAAAAAUCUAUGUCAUUAGCCCCUAAAUUACAUUUUUUUCAUUAUUAAUAAUAAAUUAAAAUAUUUUUAUUGUACUAUUUCUAUUAAUAAUAUAUAUGUAUAUAAAUAUCAAAAUUUGUUCAAAAUGUAAUACUAUUUUAAUUUGAAACUGUACUAUUAUAUAAAAUAAUAAUAUUAAUAAUACUUGAUUAGUAAUAAAAUAUCAGUAACACUUGAUUGCUCAUUUAUAAUGCAUUUUACACGCAUAUUGGAAUUUAUAAAUAAUAAUAAAUUGAGUAAAUUAAUUCAACACGUAACAGAGUGGUGAUAUCUAAAAAAAAAUAUUAAUUUUGAAAAAAAACUGAAAAACUUAUUCUCAUGUUUGAAAAAACAAGAGUUAAUCAAUACUUUAAUGUAUGGGAACAAUUUAUUAACUUAAUAUCAACACUUUAUACAAACUGUGUCGCUUCGUCAUGCACGAUAAGUGAAAUAUGCCUUUGAUAUGGCGGAAAAUAUCUCGCAUAAAAUAGAAAUUAUGAAUGUACAAAUCUCAAACACAGGAGAAAAGAACAUAUAGCGAAUAUUUCUUCUAUAGCCGAAUGAAUAAAUACAUUUAUUGGAAUUAUUUUUCAGAGAUAAACAUCAAAAAUAAAUAACUUCUUAUUCACGUCACGACGGAGUUUGGUAAAUAUCGUAUUUUAAUAUUUUAUAUAAUUUCGAAGAAAAGACUGAGAAGAGGUGACUGAAGUAGAAUUUUCACUAUUUUAUUUGCGAGGAACAAAUGUUUUAAGAAACGAGAACACGAUUUUGUAAUAGAUCUCAAGCUUUAGUUAUUCUCGAGAUACAAUACUGAUUUUUCUUUUUUUAAACUUAAUAUCGGUUUUUAGCGCUCGCUGUGAAGAACUUUUGUAAAAUUAUAGUUUAGACUAUGAAUGUAUAACUUUUGCGACACGAAUAUAAAAUUAAUAUUAAAUAUUGGAAUAUAUCUUUUUAACUUAGACUUAAACACUAACCGUCAAUGAUCGAUGAAACGAGCAAUAACUUGUUUAAGCAUUUAAAUAGAGAUGUUUUUUGAGUAAGUUCUAUAUCACCAUUUACAAAAGGACUUUGUCGUGAUUCCUCUUUCCUUUUUUUUGCAUCUUUACAAAGUGAGAACAUUUUCUCCGUAAACCACUAAAUUUUAACUUUAUGUUCACAAUAACGAUAACAGCUAUCAGAACGAUCGCAAGUGAAGUAAAAUAGUUUUAAGAGUUCUCUUUUUGCGAUUCGUAUGCCUUAAUAUUUUUAUAAAAGGCUUUCGAACCGAUGAAACUUCAUAGAUAUGUUAACGCGAAUCUUGACAGUGAAUUAUACACAUAGAUUUUGUCGGCAAACUAUUUCUAGAUGCCAUUGAAAAUGACGAUGAAGAUAAAAAUGGCUGAAACGAGAGGUCCAUUGGUUAAUGAAGGAAACGAAUUGAGUAGUUGUGACCUAAAAAUGAGGAUACAUUUAUUUUGUCUUUUUAUGAUCAAUGCGAUCUAGGUCACCAGAAAUACAAGUACUUCUCAUUUUGUUCACUUCAAUAUUAAAUAAUAAAGGACUGUGGAGG